AUGUACACGGAGAAGGACUCGUACGCACCUACCAAGGUGAUGACGGAAGAGGAGCUGCAGCGCAGCGUAGAUCGUCUCAGCCGUAGUGAUCGGGUCAAGGUCGAACUGAAGCCACUUGCACCGUGCAGCGUCAUCACCAGGGAGGCUCUUGACAAACGUAUUCACCACCUCUACGACGAGUCUCUGGAGCGGCGGCAGCGUGAGCGUGAAGAAGUGGCGCGGCAGAUGGACGCUGCGAUCAAGAAGGACACCACCAUCACCGUGACCAAGAUUACCCCGCUCGAGGAGGAAGCUCUUGUGCGCCACCUCUACGACGAGACGUUGGCUACCAAACAGAGAAACUUCGACGAGCUGUACAAGCAGGUGACCUCGCACUACGAGCGCAACACUAAAAAACUGACGGCCAAGAAACACUUGACCGCGGUGGACCGGCUUUACCGUGAGGGGAUGGAGCGAGAACGUAAUAAGCACAUUGCUCUGUACGAGAAGUACGUUGUCGCUCGUCAGCUGCCGCCACCGCAGCGCACAGCAGCUGAGCUAGCGGCAUCUGCUGACAAGAUGACGAGGGGCGAGGGUUUGGCCUCUUGA